ACAAGUAUGUACGUAUGUGUGCCUGCCUUGCAACCAUACAGAGCUUGUGUACAAAAAAAGGUAUACCACGUGGUUAAGUAGGCCUAGUUUGCUACCUACUACGUACCUAUCAGCUAGCAGAAAGAUGGAUCAGUCAGAGCUGAAUGCUGCUGUACAGAAAUGGCUCGAGGAUCUCUUGCAGCCAAUUGAGAGCCAAGUUAAACCUGUGUCUCCCGCCAUUGCACCGGAGUCCCAGGAGUUCAGUGUGGUACUGGAGAAACUGAAGCAGCUGUUAAAACUGGAGGAAAUUCCCAAGACUUCGCUGCGUGCAGGAGGAACCCAUAUCGCAGUACUAGCUCGCAGCGUGGCUGCUUACCUCUAUGUGGCCCUCUCCACCGUUGACAUUGACAAGGCCUCCAGGCAGCUGUCCCUUCAGACCACCAAGACACUCAUGGCCCUGUUUAAGUUGACAGGGAAGAAGCUGACUCCGUUCUAUCAUGACGACCUCAAAGAGGGCUUGGCAAGAGUUAUGCAGAUGGCCAUCUUUGCUAAGUAUGACAAAUAUGCUAUCAAUGGAUGCUCUGAAUUUCACGAAAAGGCUCCAGUGUUCUACAUCAGUGACUCUGGGCAGCUGUCCCAGCUCUAUAAUGUCUGUGGAAAGUUUGGGAUCCCACAAUCCUCCUGUUGCCUCGUUCCAUGUGGUCCUAUCGAGCAGUCAACUAAUACAAUGAAUGUGGAGGCAUUAGAGGAGGCGGUGUCACGUGAUGUGAGUGAGGGGCGUGUACCCGUGAUGGUGAUCGCCCACGCUGGCACACCAGUCACAGGUCACGUGGAGGACAUGAGCAAGAUACGAGAGAUUUGCAACAAGCAUAACAUCUGGAUGCACGUGCAGGGACAUGCUGUUUCCUCUCUCUGUCUUAACACCGAGGACCAAGAAGUGACUGCAUGUCGCGAGGGAGACAGUAUUACUCUGAGCCCUGGGACGUGGUUUGGUCUGCUCAGCUGUCCUUUUCUUACACUGCACAAGACACCGUACAUUAUUGACACUGACGAUAUGGAGAAUCAAGAAGUGUUUCCGCCUGUUGACAUGGCGAUACCUGAUGGGUGUGUACCUAUCCCUCGCUCCAGCUGGGCUGGUAUGUUGCCAGGGGGACUCAACAAGCUCCUCCCACUCUCAUUGUGGCUCUGCUUGCAGUACCUAGGCACUAACACACUUGUGGAGACUGUCUCCUACUGCCAUAACCUCACUCAGCACAUGAUCACCAAGCUGGAGGAAGUCCCUGGCAUUAGGAGAUUUGAUAUCCCAAAGCAUCAGUCAUUUGUCGUGCUCUUCAAGUAUUUUGGAGGAGGAGAGGUGGAGUUUACUCCGCUAGUGGCCCCAUCCACUCCAGACAGUGAGGAGCCACCGUCUGAAGAAGCACCCACUUCAGAGGAGACCACACCCACUAUGGUUAUUGAGGAGCUGGAGAUGCCUACCUGCAAUGUGGCCAAUGCUAUGAUUGCAAGAGACCUUCAAGCUCACUUUGCGAAGGUUGGCGUCUCUCCCCUCAAGCUGCCUCACCAGGGAGUCUGCUUCAAGUUCAACCCCAUCAUCUCUUUUCCAGAGCACAGUACAUCGUUAGAAGAUGUCGAUAGAUUAAUUGCAGCCCUCCAGCACAGAUUGACAUCGCUGCACACAACGGCUCUGGCGAGGCGGCUUAUAGAGACUCAACUGAAGGGUCAGCCCAACCUCAGGUGUCUCGAGUUCCCCUCUUUCUUUGGCAGUGGAUUUAUUCAGUAUGUUCCCAGCGGAUGGGCGUCCAAGACAGAGCUUUCUCUCGAGGAGGUGAAUGAGCUCAACAAGAUGAAUGUGGACCUAGCAAAUACAAUGGCAGAGAAGAACUCUGCCUUCAUGCCGUUCCAGCAUGGCAACUUCAGCUGCAUCAUGAUCAAGGAGCUAUCUGCAGAUACAAAUCUUCAAGAGUUUGUACUGGACUUACUGGAGGAGACAAAGAUGUACGAGGAAAACAAAAAGUUUCUAGAGGGUAUGUCUGAGAAGAUCAUUCAGGGCAUUCAGUCAGCACAGAGUGACCUGCAUAAGGAGAAGUCACAGAAAGAACAGGACGAGGGUAUGCUUAGAAACCUUCCUCUGGUUGGCUCUGUUUGGAGUUGGUUCUCUCCUGCUUCCCCUAGCACUCCUCAAGGUCGUCAGUUUGACCUGUCAUCAGGCAAGGUUCAAUCCACGGAGAGCACAUACAAGCACAAGAUGCAGGUGCAGGAGGGAAAGUCAGCUGACACAUCCUCUUCUACCAUUGAGAGCUCACCACCAGACCAACUUUUAGCCGAUCCAAACGAGACCAGUACACCAGACAAGACGGAGGGGCCAACUAAUGAAACUCCACCCACUCCACCAAUAGAAGAACAGCAACGUGGUGAUGAGGUUGCUGAGCAACAGACUGCUACAACGAACUAGAUAAGCAAUUUGGUGCUUUGUGAUAAUUUGAGCUUUGAUGGUUUAUUUGUAGUACAUUUUCAUUCUUAUAUUAGAUCACCUAUAUAAUUAUAUCAGGUACAUGUAUAUCAGUGUAAUUAAUUUUCUGGUCUUUAAGACUGCUUUAUUGUUCAUUAAUUUUGGCGAUAAUUUUG